ACGCGUUGGUCAGGUGGUGCCUCAUAUAACAGGAGGAGCUGUCCAAGUGCUGAAAACAGAAGCGAAUCAGCACCGUUCCUGAGGAGAUGCCAUACACCCUCACUGCUGUCUGAGCUUUAUUACCAAAGGUAAUACAUUUGCCUAUAAUGCUGCAUUUCCACCACAAGUUGCCCGCGGGGGGAGCCGUGGUCCUGCUCGCCUUCCUUCUCCAAGGAUGCGCCGUGCAAGCUGCGUCUCUUCCCCGUCACUACAGGCUCCGGGGCGGGGAGAGCGAGGGGCAACCGGCUGCAUUUUCGCCCAGCUCCGACUUGAUCAAAGCCCUGGAGUACAUCGAAAACCUGAAGCAGCGAAACGGCGGCCGACCCGAGCCCGCGGAUUACGAUGAGGUGGAAAAAUUCAAGAUUUUGCUUCAGCUCGCCUCGCAACAGGAUGAGGUUCCCGGGGACCGCCAAUCGAACCCCGGCAUCCAGGGCCCGGACAUAACCGCUGGACAGCUGAUGAAGGCGAUGCUCAAAACUCUCCAGGAUCAGGCCGGUAAAGAUCCCAGGAGCGACCGCCGAACGCACAGGCACCGCACCAAAGACACUGAAGCACCUGAAAGUGCACCAGCAGACUAUGGCAAUUUCCCCAGACCCCACAAGAAGUAUCCACUGAUGUUUGAAGAUGAAGAGAACACAGACGCAGCCAAGCGCGCAACAGAAGAUCUGGACGAGCAGUAUACCCCUCAGAGCCUGGCCAAUCUGAGAUCCAUCUUCGAUGAACUGGAGAGGAUGGCCGCAGUCCCCAGCCAAAAGAGAGGUGUGUUCGGGGACGACGACGAAGAAGGGCAAGAUGGGCUUACUCAGGAAAUGGCUGGAGGAGAGGAGUGGGUCCCCGUAGAGGAGAGGGAGGAGACCGAGGAGAUGGUGAACAGGAGCCACGAAGAGAUGGACAGGGCGCUCAAUGAACAGGAGGAAGCAGAGCGCGAGGAGAUGCAACGCCGUGCCAACCAAAACCAAGAGGAUGCUGACGAUGACACUAAACUCGUAGAUUACUACCUGUUGAAGGUCCUGGAGAUGAGCGAUCAGACGCAGAAGAGGGAUCAGACCGGAGAUCAGAGGAAGAGGCUGAUCCGCCCCUCCAUCGUGGAUCCCCGGACAGUGAAAGAGCUGCUGGAGCUUUCCCUCAAACUCCACGUUCCCCCUCAAGACCUCAUCGACAUGCUGCUCACGGAGGAGCUCAGGAAGCUCCACCGCGACCCCCAAACCUUAACUCGCUACACGGCCGGCCAGACCCCCAAAAUAAGGUACUUCAGCCGCAGGCUGCCGCUGAAAAGCAAGCCUGCUCCCGAAGACAUGGACAGAGAGGACUUUCUGGACAUCAUCGGGGUGGAGACCAUCAGCAACGAAUACCCCGUUGUGCAGAGACCCAUAAAAACUCCCUCCUCCACAGACAGAAUCUCAGCAGCGACGAGCGCUGGCGCAGUCCCGGUUAAAAUCCCGUCACCCUCCGGACGCCGAGAGAACCUGUUCCUGUCGGAACUCAACAAGAUGCCCCUGAAGCGUCAGGCCGACGUCAACGAUGAAGACGACGACGACGGCGACGUAGAGGACGAGGUGACCACCUAUCUUGCGGCCAAAAUCCUUACAGAGUACCCCAACACCAUCACCAAGCGGGACACCCAGGCGCAGCUGAAGGGACAGUUCCCCUACGAGCUGUACGAGCGCGCCAUGAAGGACUACAUGGAGCAAGCAGACACUGAGGCACGGCCAGUGGCCAAGAGGGAAACCGAGGAGCAAACGGAGGAGAAGGCGAACCCCGAAGAGGUACAGGGAAAGGAGGAGGUGACGGCCAAGACCUCUGCUCCGCAAACAGCAAAGGAAGAGGAAGAGGUGGAGCGCCGUGAGAUAAAAGCGGCCGGGAUGUAAUCUGAUCCCCUCCCCGCCCCCCCUGCAAGAUGCAUUAUUAUGAAUAUGUAGUAUUUCUACUGUCUCAGAAAUAACGUUUGGUGGACGUGAUCUAGUUUACACAUUUCUAUUAUAUGAACUAUAGCUGGUAUUAAUAAUCACUAAUGACAAUUAUAUAUAUAAAUAUAGUAACUUUAGAAGUAAAAUAUGAUUUUAUCAAUGACUGUCCCUACUUGCUGCAAGAACAUCCUAGAAAUAUUCUAAUACACCACAGGAAAUUAAAGGUGCAACCAGUGAGGUGGAGACCUCACCUGGAAGUUGUGAGCUCUCAGUAAGCCUGAUGAUCAACUACAAUCAAAUCAGAUAAAAAAGGUGUGUGAUGUUAAGUUUACAUUUACUGGUGUUUGCAACAGCCCUAUAGUUUAACCAACAGAGUAAAAGGUAAAAAAGGAUUAUUUUCAUCUAUGUAGAACUAUUUAUUAACAUAUGUGAAUAUAAAUGUAAAUUAUUAGGUACAAAUCUGAAUGGGCCUUUAAAAAAAAGUCAAGCUUUACUUGAGAAUAAUUAUUGUUUGUCAGGGCUGAGGGGGAGUGUUGUGACUCUUGACAUAUUCAGGGUUAGUGGAUUUCAUGUUAUGGAGUAAUUAUUUCUAAGUCUAAAUAUCAGACCGUCGCCUGCCUUCUAACCCUUUCAUACUGCAAAGCUCUGUGUUGUUGGCCUAACAGUGGUUGUGCUACGUAUGCUCAUUUUUAAACCAUUUUGUACAUGUUCAACUACGUGUGAUCAAUCACAGAUGAAUAAAGCAUCAGAUGUAUUAUUUUUCUU